ACCCCUUGGCCCGCCAAAGCGGGGCCCCCGACCGGAGCCCCCCUCCCCGGAGCUCGGACCAGGGACAUGUUACAGAAGAGGCAGCUGAGGCCCAGAGAUGUUAAGAGACUUGCCCAAGGUCAUAGAGGUCCUCGCGUGCCCAGCGGGCUCGAGGCCAGAGCCCAGAGCAACCAGCACAAUAGCGUCCAACAGCUGGAACACCAGCAACAGCCCCGGAGAGGGCCGGGAUGAUGGGCCCGAGGGGCUGGACAAAGGGCUGGACAAUGAUGCGGAGGGAGUGUGGAGCCCCGACAUUGAGCAGAGCUUCCAGGAGGCCCUCGCCAUCUAUCCUCCCUGUGGUCGGCGUAAGAUCAUCCUCUCAGAUGAAGGCAAGAUGUAUGGUCGCAAUGAGUUGAUAGCCCGAUAUAUCAAGCUAAGGACAGGAAAGACUCGGACAAGGAAACAGGUGUCCAGCCACAUACAGGUUCUAGCAAGGAAGAAGGUGCGGGAGUACCAGGUUGGCAUCAAGGUCUCUAGCCACUUGCAGGUUCUAGCCAGGCGGAAAUCGAGGGAGAUUCAGUCCAAGUUGAAGGCCAUGAACCUGGACCAGGUCUCCAAGGAUAAGGCCCUCCAAAGUAUGGCCUCUAUGUCCUCAGCUCAGAUUGUCUCAGCCAGCGUCUUGCAGAAUAAACUCAGCCCGCCUCCCCCAAUCCCCCAGGCAGUUUUCUCUGCCGCUGCUUCACGGUUCUGGAGUGGGCCCCCUCUCCCGGGACAGCAGCCGGGACCCUCUCAGGACAUCAAACCCUUUGCACAGCCAGCCUACCCCAUCCAGCCACCCCUGCCACCCACUCUCACUAGUUACGAGCCCUUGGCCCCACUCCCACCAGCCGCCUCUGCCGUGCCUGUGUGGCAGGACCGCACCAUCGCCUCCACUAGACUUCGGCUCCUAGAAUAUUCAGCUUUUAUGGAAGUGCAGCGAGAUCCAGACACGUACAGCAAGCAUUUGUUCGUGCACAUUGGCCAGACCAACCCUGCCUUCUCAGACCCUCCCCUGGAAGCCGUGGACGUUCGCCAGAUCUAUGACAAGUUCCCCGAGAAAAAGGGUGGGCUGAAGGAUCUGUAUGAGAAAGGGCCACCUAAUGCCUUCUUCCUUGUCAAGUUCUGGGCUGACCUGAACAGUACCAUUCAGGAUGGACCUGGGGCUUUCUACGGGGUCAGCUCCCAGUACAGUUCCGCUGAUAGCAUGACCAUCAGCGUCUCCACCAAGGUCUGCUCCUUCGGCAAGCAAGUGGUAGAGAAAGUGGAGACGGAGUACGCGCGGCUGGAGAAUGGUCGUUUUGUGUACCGCAUUCAUCGCUCCCCCAUGUGUGAAUACAUGAUCAACUUUAUCCACAAGCUGAAACACCUACCUGAGAAGUAUAUGAUGAACAGCGUCUUGGAGAACUUCACUAUCCUACAGGUAGUGACGAGUCGAGACUCCCAGGAGACACUGCUGGUCAUUGCCUUUGUCUUCGAAGUCUCCACCAGUGAGCACGGGGCCCAACAUCAUGUCUAUAAGCUGAUCAAGGACUAGGGUCUCCUUUCCUGAUUCAACUACCACCUGCCGACCUGGGGCCAGAGCCCAAGACGUGUCUCCCCUCCUCAUCCCUACCUCCUGACCUGGGGGCCUUGGUCUAGGACAUGCCCCUUAACCUUCUACCUGCCUGCUGACCCAGGUCCCAGGCCCAGGACAAGUCCCACCCCUAUAUACACUCCACUCUACUGUGGUCUAUGCUUUAAUUGUUGAAGAAGACAGCCUAGCCUCAGGCAGUGGGGCAGCCAGCCCCUUCUCACACCAAAACUCUCCUUUUCCUUUCCCACCCUCCCCUCUUCACCAUCAUCCAGUUCAAGUGGGGCUCCGGCUGACCUGGAUUUGGGGCAAUGGGGGCCUCUCUAGAAUGGAAAGAAGACAAAAAAAAACUUUUUAAGUUUUCUGAGAAGCAGGCUCUGGUCCAGGGGAAUGGUCUGGGACAAGCUCAAUUAAGGUUGAAGAAAAAUUAGAGAUGGGUCCCAGAAAAGUGAGACACCCCCCACCCAGAGAAAGGGUUUUGAGGAGUGUGAUGGGAAGACCAUAGCCCUAAAGGCAGUCAGCGGAAGUGGGGAGGAGGAGGGCUUGGGAAGUAGUUAGAAGAAGACUAUAGAGUGAAACUGGGAAAGAGGAGUGGGUGAGAAGGCAGAAGGAGAAGGAGAGGUGGCUGGAGAAUGGAACGACGAAUGAUGAAGUGGGGAGUUAGGAGUGGAGCUGAUCAGAGUGGGGCCAGUCACAAGGAAGGUCAGCAGCUUGUGGUAUCCCUGCAUCCCCAAGGCCAGUUCUAGCUGAAGCUAGUAGAGGGUAGAGAUGGGGUCGCUAUGUAGGUGGGUUUCAACAUGGAGCAUGGAGUUGCUCCAUUGUGGGAUGCCCUGAGGGUUCAAGGAGAUGGACAAGGGUCAAGUAGUAGGGUCUGCAGCUGCUUUGAUGUGGGAUCUCUGUGGAGCCAUGCCAAAGAACCAGGACCAAGUCACCUGUUUAGGCAAGUUUGUGGACCUAAGGAAGUUGGAGGUGGGAAUAAAGAAUCAUCGUUACUGAAUACUAGGUGAGAGGGCUGAGGGUCCGCCGCCUAAACCCCUAUAAUCUGGGUCAUGGAAGGGGGGAGGGCCGGUGGCCAUUCCAAAUGUUUGAAGCAAAAAUAGUGAUCGUUAGCUGUGCCACCUUCAAUAAGGACUUACAGGCCCUAAUUCUGAGUGUCCUUCCCCUUCCCUCAGGAGGACCCACUUUAGCUCCAACUUUCACAGCUGCAAUUACCCCCAGAUCCCACCCCCCAAACAUAGGCAGCCUCCUUCCCCCACAAAAUACCUCACAGAAACACACCACACAUAUACACGUCCUACAGUCGCCACGCCUUUCUGAAGGUGCCCCCAGACCUGUCCUAUGGAGUCCCCCAGCAGCCUAGCUCUGUUUUUGUCACCAUCUGUCUAGACCGUUGCUGGUUGGUAUUACCACCACACAUCCCAUCCCAGGAAUUAGACCUCAUUUUGUCUAAUUCCCUCUCUGGUGCUGGCAGGGGGAACCAAUUCCCAGUACUAUUCCCUUCUCACUCCCAACCAAACUUGAAUAAUUGAUUUAACAGCCCUUAAUGCAGUGCCUACCCCAGAGGACAAAAAUAACACCAUCUUGCUCUCACAGAGAUUUCAGUCUGGCCUUCCCCUUGGGGGGACCCCUGCUCUUAGGGCUAAGGUUGUUGGUAGUGGGGAGAGGGAAUGGGCUAAGGGCCUAUGGCCUAGAACCUAGGACUGGACAGGCAACUGGAGAAUCAGACAUAGCUGGAGCAUGGGAGAGAACUGAAGGGCCCCAUCUCUUUAGGGAUCAGCUCAGAACCCCAUCUCCCAGGUCCCUAUUGUUCAGCUCAUCCCAUUUAAAAUUCUAGUUUGGUUGAGUUCUCUAAAAGAAAAAAUAGAUGGAGAUGUGGGUUGACCCCAUUUUCUCUCCUAGGGCUUUUGGUGGGGACCAGUCCUUAGGCCCACAUCUGGGAAUGAAGGUUAACCCUCCCUUUCUCCUCCUGGUGUGCCCAUAGCCCCAAAGACCCACUCCCACUGGCCUUCCCCAACACCAGCUUGGAGGAGGUAGCAAAAGCCUUUGAUUAUUUAUGAGUUUCAUAUGAAGUACUGUUCCCCUUCUCUCCCAUCCACAUGUCACCCCCUCCCAAGGUGUGUCCCUCCCCUGAGCUUCCCCAGGCCCUUCAUGGAUUACAAAUUGCUCAGGCCACCCCACACCCUUCCCUCCCUCUCCCUGCACCCAGUUUUGUAAUGUAUAUUAUAUAUAUUAUAUAUAUAUAUAUAUAUUUUUGUGUAUUUUUUUAAUCUAGCUGUGAUGGGUUGUAUCAUAUCCGAGGCGUGUGGCAGGGCAGUGGCCCUCAGGAGGCCAAGCUCCUGCUUGGAAAAAAUUAAAGUUAUUUGCUUGUG